AUUCCUUUCUCUCUCUGUUUUUUUUCUCUCAUGUUUUUUGAACAAAAAAUCGCGGGUUGUCUUUUUUCCUUUCCCUAUUGGUUCUAUCGAUUUUUAGCAAUAUUUUUUCAUGGUAAUGAUUCUGCUACUGGGAUUAGUUUUUCGUUAAUACUAACAUGGGAUUAGUGAAUUAUUGGUAUUUAAGGCACUGUGUAAUCCGUAUUGAGUCUCAGAAUCUGUUUUUGUCCUUGAUAUUGCAUGCCCAUUUUCUUUAUUUAUGCACUGUUGCUUGCUACUGAAUUUGGUGGCCCAUCUGGGGCAGUUUGUUGGAUUGGUUAUGUUUUUAUGUAUUAACGUAGCAGAAAUGGCAAAACAUAAGCGGACCAACUCUUGUUUCUCGUACCAAUUUGAUUAUGUUUAAAGAAUUGCUGGUGUGUAGAGCACGUUGUAAUGCGUAUUGACUCUCUAUAGCUUGCCCUUUACCUCUGUUUUACAUGUCCUUUGCGUGCUGCUGAAUUUGUUUGGUGGCUAAUUUGUUUCAUUACUUUCUUGUUUCCAUCUGGGGCACUUUGCUGGAUUGGUUUUGUUUUCGUGACGUUUUCGGGCUCUAUUUUAUUUAUUUACUAUUGAGAUUUUUUUUUCACGUGCUACCCUGUUUUCUAGGGUUUCUAAAUCGUGAGACAGAUAGAAAAUUUGUUCCAUGCACGUAAUGUAUGAUAGAAGCAUGGUAGUUUCAUUCUGUGAAACAAAAAAUUGUUUCUUACAAGCGCGCAUGUAAGCAAACACAGACACAAAAAUUAACGAGUUUUUAGUCUUACACUGCUAUUCGACGACAUUCGAUUUGUUCUGUACUGAACGGUUGACAUGAAGUUAUCUUCUGCUUCCCUCGUUUCUCACCUUUCCAUGGUUGUUCGAUCCCAAAAGAGCAGAGAACUGUUCUCAGCUAUGAAUUUUGAAUAGGAAUUGGUAGUUUUGUUCCAAGAGCAAAUCCCCUUCUCUCCCCCCCCCCCUUAAGACCCUGCUUCCAAUGCCAUCAGUUCUCGUUUCUAGAAAACCUGUUCCAAAGGCUCCGGCCUCUGAACAUUGUAAGAAGAGGCUCGGAUUAAGAAGAUUAUGCAAACCGAUGAGGAUGUCGGAAAGAUUGCCAUGGCUGUGCCCCUUCUUGUUUCUAAAGCUUUGGAACUCUUUUUGCAAGAUCUAUGUGACCGAACUUACGAGAUAACUCUGAAAAAGGGAGCCAAGACCUUGAAUUCAUUGCAUUUGAAACAGUGUGUACAGACAUUCAAUGUAUUUGAUUUUCUGAGGGAAAUUGUGAGCAAGGUUCCAGAUUUAGGUGGUCCUGAUGCUGCCUUUGAUGAACAUGGCAUUGCCAAAAGAAGGAAAGUUGCUGAUGAUGAAGACAAUGACAGUGACGAGGAGUGCAAUCGAAGCAGAACACAUGAGACUACCCAGACAAGUAGCAGUGGUAGAGGGAGAGGUAGGGGCAGAGGGAGAGGCCGUGGCCGUGGGACGAGAGCCACGGAGAGGGAGAGAGCUGCACAGGAUGGGAAGUUGGAAGAUGAACCAGACAUUGUUCAUCAUAAUGACAAGCACAGUCCAAACCUUGGAAGGCUAGACAAGGAUUAUGAGCCUGAAGAUUUGAAGGAUAAUAUUCCAGCUGGAAGAAAUUUACAAACACCAGUCCAUGACUUUGACCUGAAUUUGGACUUGGAUGAGAAUGGAGAAACAAAACCAGUGCUAGCUUCUGUCCCUGCUAAUUCCUCAACAAAACCUGACACUGUUGUCCCUGCAAGCUCCUCAACAAAGCCAAUUCCUGAAUUGAAGCACGAGGAAGUACCUGGAUGGUCUCUUGCAGAUAUUGAAAGGAUGGAUAUCGAUCCCAUUCAACUUGCGAACUUAAAUACAAGAAUAGACGAGGAAGAUUAUGAUGAAGAAGAAGACUGAAGUUACUAGCAAGUGUUUGUGUUCUGCUGUAUAUGCUUUUUCACAUCCUAUUAAGCAAUGGUAGACAACAGCUAGAAUUUAGAUUACACAGUAGCUUCCCUAGGCAUACAUAGAGAUCAGUUUGUUUAACCAUUCCCAUCUUUGAGAUGGAGCUCAUUAGUCAUUACUUCUAAACGUUUCUGCACUUUGGUCCAUAUAUAGUUUAUGGGAUAUUUAUGUGGCCUUUUCCAGGCCUUGGUCCAUGACAACCACAGUGGUCCUCGUGCCUAGGAAUUGAUUUGAAUUCCCAACUCUUUUGUGGAUAUUGAUUUGAAUUUUAAAUGUAAUUCAAUAAAUAAAAAGUAAUAAAGAACAAA